AUGCUCUUAGAGCGAGAUUCGUGUGCUCAGCGUUUCGUCAUAGCCUCACACAUCUGCCGCCGACGGGGCCUCAACGUGACAUAUGGAGCCCGGAUAGGAGGGGGGUACAAAAUAAAACUGUCGGCCUUACAGGGUACUUUGACAAUUGAACAUUCGCUAUCGUGGAAGAUGAAGGCGUUCGUGCUACUUUGCUUUGUGGCGACGGCGGCGGCGGCGGCACUGCCGACAUCAAAGGAGGAUGGGGUCAUGGAGAGGUUCAUCUCGGCGCUGAGGGAUUGCGUGGAAACCGACACCAUGCUGUGCUUGAAGGAAAAAGCGAUGAAGUUUACGGAAAACCUUGCUGUAUCCAAAGAUCUAAAUCUGGUGGAAGGCGUGACCUUCGCUAGGACGGGAAGCCCAAGGUCUGCACGCAGCUUUGAGCCUCUUGACGAGGACCCCAAAGCCAGGGAGCAGCAAGUCGAAGAGAGGAUUAUGGACAACGUCGUAGACUUUUUGGACAGCCACGCUUUACAGCUGAGGAUGCCGAAAUCUUUCAUCGAAGACAAUUCAGUUGAAGAGGAAGGCCGUGGAAAGAAGAAGAAGAAGCUGAAGAAGUUGCUUCCGAUCUUGGCUCUCAUCAAACUGAAGUUAGCAGCACUGGUUCCCCUCUUCCUCGGUAUCAUCGCGUUCGCAGUAUUCAAGGCUUACCUCCUCGGAAAGAUAGCUUUCAUCGCCGCCGCCUUCGGCGCUUUGAAGAAGCUUUUAGAGUCCAAGAAGAGCAGCGGCUGGUCUGAACCUCCUCAUGAGGAGCACGGCUGGGAGAGCAACAGUGGUUGGGGCAGGUCCCAAGAUGCUCAAAGUCUAGCCUACGCCGCCCAUGCCAAGCAGGCU